UACGAACGACACUGCUACAGCUACUACAGAAGUGGGAAGUAAUAAACCUGUAUCCUGACAAUUGAAAGAGGAGAGUGUCGUUCAAACUGCAGUUUUGCUUUUAGUAACAGAAUACCUCAGCAUGUGGAACUGGAGGUGGAUUAGUGUGUUAGUAUCAACAGUAUUACUAGGUUGUUUUGCUCAGGAAUUAAAGAAUAAGGUGAAACUUUCUAUUCAACCUCUGGGCAAUGCUCAAACACGACCAGCAGGAGAAAGCUUUGCUCUCACCUGUACAGGAGAUAGUGAUGAUAACAGCUUGUUCUCGGAGAUAAAAUGGGAAAAUCCAAGUGGAGAAGUACUGGGCCAAAGUGGAAGUGAUCAAAACAUUGAAGUCAAUAAGAUAAUGAAAAAUAUACUGUCGCUUGUGUUUGUGAAACCCAAAACAGGAGAUACAGGCAUGUAUACUUGUAAGGCAACAUACAAUGAUACAGAAACUUUGGAAACUGGUGUUGAAGUGACCUUCUUCCAUGACAUCACUUGGGAAGACUGCCUUGAAAAACAGUCUCUUGUUGUUAACCAACCAGGAGAACUAAAGUGUCUUGUUUCAGCUGAUCCAUCACCUCAAGUUUCCUGGACCAAACUAGAGGGAUCAGAAACAAUCCCUUUAGAUACAUCUCGAUUCAAAGUUGAUAUAAAAAAAGGAGUUUUAAUAUCUGAGGUGCACGAAGAUGAUGGUGGGAAGUACCGUAUUCAAGCUAUUGUCACAGAAACUGGAAGAUUCAAGCAUCAAGAUAUUGUUGUGGAAGUCCUUAUCCCUCCCAACUUUACAGAGUCUCAGGAUGAUGCUCAAGCAUUAGAAGAGGAAGAUGUUGUUCUAAAUUGUAGAGCUGAUGUUGGCUAUCCAAUUCCUACAUAUUCCUGGCUUGAUCUGAAUGGUGAAAAACUUAACUCCCAGGAAAGGUUUAUAGUGGAUGAAGCUACUGGUACUUUAACAAUACAAGAAGUGAGCAAAGAUGAUGCUGGUAUAUAUACAUGUAUAGCUGAAAACAAAGCUGGGAGUGAUCAGAAAAUCAUGAAGCUUACAGUAUUCUCCAAACCAAAAAUUAUCCAGUUUGAAAAUAAGACUUCAGUGGAAGCAACAACAGUUACAUUGGAAUGUCAUGCAUCUGGUGUCCCUUCUCCAGAACUCACCAUCUUUAAGGAUGGGGAUCAACAAGUUGAAACUGGUGAUAGAAUAUUAACAGAGAAGUCUCAAGGGGAAGAGGUUGUGAUUUUGACUAUAACCAUUAACAAAGUGGAAAAAGAUGAUGAUGGAGAGUAUUUCUGUCAUGCGGAAAAUGUAGCUGGAAAAGUCGAGAUGGCUGGUCAUCUGUCAGUAGAAUUUAAACCACAAAUGCAUACACCUAAAUCAGAGUUUAUGAAAACUUGGAACGACAACCCUGUCAACUUAAGUUGUGUCGCUGAAGCAUUUCCAGUUGCAACCAUUCGUUGGUUUUUUGAUACACAGGAAAUAGUUUCUGAUGAAAGUGAAAAUUACACAAUUUUUGGAAAAGAAGGCCACAGCAACCUGUUGCUUCCAAAAUGUAUUAAUAAGUCAGUAUCUGAUUCUCUCAAAGCUACCCCAGGGAAGUUACUUCAGGUGAAGUAUGAAGACACCACUGCUACAACAAUCUCUUUUGAAUUUCUUGGUCCUGAUGAUGAUGGAGGUAUGCCCAUAUUGGCAUAUAUGGUUAAGUACAGAGAAGAGAGUGACUUACCUGAAGAUGCAGAGAUAAUGGAAUGGAAAGCAGGAACUAUUUACACUCUGGAAAGUCUAAAGCCAAGAGCUACUUACAAGUUUCAAUUUGCUGUAAAGAAUGCAGUGGGUACAGGUAUGUGGACAGAGGAAAAUUCAUGGACAAUGCCAGCUGAAUCUGCCCCUGAACCUCCAACAAUUAUCUCUCCUCCUGGAAAUGAAAGCACAUACCCUGACAAAAUGGAAAUUAAAUGGAAUAUCAAUGAAGACAAUGGAAAACCUAUUCAAUAUUUUCAACUUCGUUACUUUAAGGUUAAAAGAGAAAAUGAUGAGAAAAAAAUUUGGAAGCAGUAUGGUAAGGACAAAGUAAUCAACAUCAAGGAAGACUGGGAAAGUGGCCAUUUCACAAUAACUGGAUUGGAACCUAAUUCUUACUACAAGGUAGAGCUGAGAGCCAGAAAUGAGAUUGGAUUCAGUCAGGAUGAAACAAUGAUUUUCAGAACAGCUCUUGGAAUCAUGGAUUCUGAUCAGAAAGCACCCAUAGCUCAAGAAGAUGUACCCACAGCAGUGAUUAUUGCAGUUGUGGUGCUGUUGAUUCUUGUGAUACUUAUUGUCAUUGAUGUAACAUGCUACUUCCGUUAUCACUGGGGAGUAUUGUACUUCUUGAGAAAUAAUGCAUGUGGAAAGUCUUCAGAAGACAAAAGUAAAGAAGCCAUUGCUGAUGAAGAGAAGGGAAGCAUUCCAGCACACAAGGAACAGGUUAAAAGCACAGACGAAGUUACUGGUUCUGCAUCCCCAACUGAUGAUAAAAAGGACCUUAUCCAAGAGUCUGAUGAGAAACACCAAAAACCAAAGGAUGGAGAAGUAGCCAGUGAGGACACACCAAUGAUUGAUCCUAGUAGUGAGAAAGAAGGCAAGAUAGAAGAGAAUGACAAAAACCAAUCACUAAAAGGAUCAAAAACAAGCUUGCCUAAAGAUAGUGCAGUGUAAAAGCUUUACAGAAGAAGUGAAAGCAACAUUUUUAGUCUAAUUGUUUACUGGAGGCCACAUGCUAUGUUUUGUAAAAUACAGUUUUUAUAAUUUUACAAUAAAAGAAUUAACCACUUUUUGCACUCACUGGCGCAAGAAAAAAGAAACCAAAACAGUUUUGCUUAGUGGCCGUAUAGUACUUGAAAUGUUGUAAAAAAAAAUGUAGUUUUUGUUGUUGACCAGUUGUAUGUGAUUGAACUUCGUAAUCCAUGUAAGUGGGCCACUUUGAACUUUCUACGACUGGUGCUAUUGUUACUAGUGUAGUACACGUCGUCCUCUAAGGCUUAAUACAUUGGAUUAAGGAGUUCUUUUUCAUUCUUCUUUUUUUUUUUUCACAAAUUUGUAGGAUGCAAGUUUGCUGGUUUUUCAAGUUUAACUCCCACUCAACAGUUGUGAUU